AUGCCGAGCGAAACCGAUGAGAAGUUCUCAACGGCCCAGGCGACUCACGUUGACAAGGUUGUUUUGGUCACUGGCGUUUCAUCUGGAAUUGGUGUUGAAACUGUGCGCGUCUUGGCAUCUACCGGGGCGACUAUCUUUGGCACAGCCCGGAAUCUUGACAAGGCGAAGGAAGCCUUGAAUGAUGUACUCGAUACUGGGCAUUUGAAGCUUCUUUUCAUGGAUCAGACAGACCUUUCGAGUGUUCGGGCGUGUGCUGCGGAGUUUCGCAAAGAGAGCCCCAAGCUUAAUAUUCUUAUCAACAAUGCCGGGGUGAUGAAUACCCCAGAAAGUCGUACUAAAGAUGGCUUCGAACUGCAAUUUGGAACAAAUCACCUAUCACAUUUCCUACUCUUCUAUCUACUGAAAGAUAUCCUACUGGAAACCUCAACGCCUACAUUCCAUUCUCGUGUUAUUAAUGUUUCCUCGUCGGGCCACUGUUAUAGCCCUAUCCAUUUGGACAAUGUUAACUUUGAAGGAAAUUAUAAUGGAUGGAUUGCUUACGGAGCGAGCAAGACGGCUAAUAUAUAUAUGGCUACCCAAAUCGAGCGUUUGUAUGGGACGCAAGGUCUUCAUGGCUAUAGCUUACAUCCUGGGGCCUUCGUGAGCCCCAACCUCCAGAAAUACUCACAGGAAGAAAUGAAAGCAGCGAUGCAGGACAAGCGCGCCCUCGCGUAUUUGACUAGUAUCGAGCAGGGCUGCGCAACGACUAUUUAUGGCUCUGUCUCGAGUGAACUGGAAGGGAAAGGCGGAUUGUACUUGGAAGGAGCAUCUAUUGCAGUUCAUCCGGCUCCCUCAGGCGCGGAUGGACUAGAAUAUGGAUACAGCAGUUGGGGGUUUGAUGAGUCAAAGGAAAGGGAGUUGUGGAAGUUCAGCAAAUCUUGGGUAGGAGUAGAGUAA